GGAAAAACAACAUAGUGUCUGUCGCGAUUCCUAUACGUUUGUUCAAAAUUAGGAUGGCGCGAGAAACACUGAAAUAAGCUGUGAUACAGUUCAGGUUUUUUAAACUCGCGUCAUCGCAACGUAAGCUGAUAAUAACAGUGAACAAACACGCACACACAGAGAAAAAGGAAGCACAAUGCCGCAAAGCAACAGUAAGAUGUUUGGAAUUGGAGUGGCUGACAUUGUCAUCGGGGCCAUGCUAGUGUUAUUCGGCAGUAUAUGUUUGGGGGCGUGCUGGGUGUCUGGUUUCUAUACGUAUUCUGGGGGACCUGUGUGGACUGGAAUUUUGGCUAUUAUUGCUGGCGUCAUUGGCGUAUAUGCAUCAAAAACUGACAAAGUCAAUAGCAUGUCUGUGGCGUUUUUGGUACUAAAUAUAUUCGUCAUAAUUUGUACCGUUUACGUGGUGAUAGGCGCUAUCGUUGGCACGAUUGCCGAGCUGUGGUGGUUGUGGUUUGGACUACCUAGCGGCUUCGUCGUCCAGAUACUCAUAACCAUGACUGGCUUGGCGCUCAUGAUCGUUGCAUGCAUCGGCGCGUGUAAUCACUGCGUUGGAGGCGAAACUCGGACUCAGGUAGUAAUGGUGAACCACAAUGUACAGCAACCGGGGGUACAGGUGAUUCAACAACAUGGAUACACAACAACGAACGCAUACUACGGACAACAACCACAGCCGGUUACCUACAUGACUGCCGGAACAGGACAGGUGGUAUUACCGAACACAAUGUCGUACAAUCAGCCCAUGCCACCAAAUUACUCCGCACCACAACAAGCCCCACCUUACAGCCAACAAGUCCCGCCGUACAGCCAACCUAUGGCUGCCGGAUACAGUCAAGAACCGCCACCAGCGGGACAAGGAAUGCCGCCACCAGCGGGACAAGGAAUGCCGCCACCACAGCCUUCCGAUAAAUUCCCCGUGCCUCCUGAAAAUGUCUAGCCGGUUCCGUCAAAUUAGUUGGUCGGAAAAACGCAC